AUGGAGAUUACGAGUCAGUCUAUGGAAUUGGAAGGUAUUGAAGUUGAUGUACUUGAUGAUACAUGUACUGUGAUCCCUACACCUGUAUCUGUUGAGUCUGGUAGCACUGAAAAUAACCCAAGCCAACCUGUUAACACUGUUUGUCCUGCUGUUGGUGGGGAUGGGGCUGGUGAUGGGGCUGGGGUUGCGGCUGCGGCUGCGGCUGGGGAUGGGGAUGUGGAUGGGGGCGAAGAGGCUGGGGAUGGGGAUGGGGAUGGAAGUGGCCUGAGUGAGAAUAGACAAUAUCAAAAGAGGGAAAGGCAAAAGACUUCCAAAGUCUGGAAUGACUUUGUUUCAGUUACAAUAGGAGGGGUUAAAAAAUCACAAUGCAAUUGGUGUAAGAGAUUGUUUGCUAUUGAAAAAUCUAGUACUACCUCAACCCUAAAUAGGCAUUUGACUUCAUGUGUAAGAUAUGUUGAGUUUAGUAGUUCUAAAAAGCAAAGUACUUUGUCAUUUGAGCCUAGCAGUGACAAUGAUGGUGUGGAACAUCACCACCGAUAUGUGGACCUCUUGUCAAAGAAUGUCAUAUAUGGUGGUGACUUGCCAUUUUGUGGAUUCAACUUGGUGCCUCCAAAAAAGAAUUUUAAAUUUUUGCAAUCUAAUGAUUCUGCAAUUAGAAUUAUAAAAGAUGAUUUUGAGUUGAAGAAUGCUUUGUUGGUUGGGGGUAGGUUGUUUCAUGUUAGGUGUUGUGCACACAUUACAAACUUGUUGGUGCAAUUUGGGCUUGCUGAAAUUAGGGGUAUUAUAGAUGAUGUUAGGCAGGGCAUAAAAUAUAUUGUGACGUCUGAAAGUAGGUUGAAUGUGUUUAGUGAGAUAGCAAAGAGAUUGCAUUUACCCUGUAAGAAGCUGAUUUUAGAUGUCCCCACACGUUGGAACAACACCUAUUUGAUGUUGGACACUGCAAUUAAGUUUAAAGAAGUGUUCCCUAGGUACCAUAGAGUUGAGCAAGCAUUUCAGUGGGUUGUAACUCUAGAACAGUGGGAAAUGGUGGGUAAUGUGAACCAGGUUUUGUCAGUUUUCAAUGAUGUAACCAAUGUUGUUUCUGGUAGUGAGUACCCUACUGCAAAUCUGUAUUUACCUGAGGUUUGGAGGAUGAAAGAAGUUUUGAUGAUCAAGUGUGAUGAUAGGAAUGAGUACAUGAGGUCAAUGGCAAGUAGGAUGAGUGACAAAUUUGAUAAGUAUUGGGGUGAUAGCAAUUUGUUCAUGUCCAUAGCUGCUGUCUUGGAUCCUAGAUACAAGAUGAAGUUGAUCAAUUUCUGUUUCCCUAUCAUUUAUCCUUUGACCGAAGCUUGUUGUCACAUUAACAAUGUGUUGGCAGUUCUGAAAGAGUUAUUUGAGUCAUAUGUUUAUGCCCAUACGGCUUGUAUAUUGCAAGAAACUGCCCAACUUGCCCAAGUAAAUGUUCCUUCUUGUUCUUCCUCAAGUGCAAUUGUUGGAGAUGUGGUGUCCAAAAUUUCUGAAGGUCGAUCAAGGUUUGCUGACCAUAUAAGAAGUAGUGACAUCAUCCGGCCCAUUAAAACAGAUUUGGAUGUUUAUCUUGAAGAGGAUGUUUACAUUUGUGGUAAGAAUGAGAAUGGAGUAUAUAUGGAAACAAAUUUUGAUGCUUUGGCAUGGUGGAAAUGCAAUGCCUUGAAGUACCGUAUAUUGUCUAGAAUGGCAAAGGAUAUCUUGGCUGUUCCCAUAAGUACAGUUGCUUCUGAAUUCUCCUUCAGUGCUGGUGGUAGGGUUAUUGAACCCCAUAGAGCAUCAUUAUCCCCUGACACUGUUCAGAUGCUCUUAUGUGGUUCAGAUUGGGUGAGAGCACUUCAUGGCAUCAAGAGAAAAUCUGCUGGUGAUAAAUUGGUUGAAGUGGAGUUGCCUACAACUACAACUUCAACUACCUGA